AUGGAUCAAGAUAUGCUCGAGUCCAGCUCUGCUGGCACUAACACUGGCUCCUCCCACACAACUGAAAGUCCACUUCGCGUUCCCACCUACGAAGACCUGUUUCCUGAGAGCCUUGUCGCGGAUGCUGCUUUUCGCGUGUUUAGCUACGCUAGGCAAGAGGCGGCACUGACCCCUCCUCGUCCUUGCUCGCCUAUUCAGCCCGUGCCCCUGAGCAUUGAUCCGCAGAGGCUGGGAGAGUAUCGCCAGUCGCUUGCUGGCUUGCUGGCGAGUACGUUGGAGGGUCUCGCGCUUUGUGAGGCUCAAGCCGUGCAGGAGAACGAUGAUAACUACGACGAAGACUAUGACGAAGAGAGCGACUAUGGUUCCGAUAAAGCUGUUGAAAAUCGCGAAGGUAGCUGCCAGCUCACCGACGAGGAGGAAGGCAAUGACCAAACUGAUUCUGUCAGCUCUAUCCAAUCUUCUAUCGAGACUCCUGUUGAGUCCACUGUUCAGUCUUCUGAGCCCAAGACUGAGCCGUUCCCUGAUUAUGACGAGACUUGCGAGUUGUACCCGCCCGUCGACUUCGUCCAGCACGAACAGGCCUACAAAUACGCCAUCUCCAAGGUCGUCGAGGAAGUAAUCCGCUUCAGAGAGGUUGAUCCUUGUAUAGCCAAUCCGAGCUUCUCCAGCAGUGAUGACGAAGACGAACAUCGCCCUCUACUUGCGCCGAUCGAAGAAGACGAAGCUGAGGAGCAGAGUACCGUCAAGCAGGUUCCAAGCGGCAUCUAUGAAGCGCAAGUCCCUAACGAGCCAGCCUCAAACGCUUCUCCACCCUCUGGGAUGUAUGCUUCCCGCGAAGAGUCCGACAAAAUGCGCGUCGUCGAUGACAUGAGACGUCUCCUCUGCAGUCAGUGUCUUGGCGAUGGCCCUCGAGGCGUCUUUCAUGAUUUCUCUUACUUGAUCAUCCGUAUGGGGGAGAUCCUAUUCCGCAAUAAAGACAGUUCUCCGUUGCACUUCAUGUCUGCUGGAGCUACCUACGACAUCAAGAUGAUUGCUUCUGUGAUUACGCGCUAUCUGGCCGUCGUCGACGCUCGUUUGGUUGAACUGCUUGACGUCGGUUCUCACGUGCACUACAUCCUGGGCGAGGUUUCGAGGGACAUGGGAGUUAACUUCUUCAUUCGUUAUCGUCGCAUGCUCCAUGUGAUCUUAGGAAGCCAGCUCCGCAAAGUAACCCCCAUCGAGAAGACCCUCCUAACCACCUUCCUCGACCUAUACGACAACUUCGUCUACACCUCCUUCCUCAACACCCGCAACCGUCAGUUGCUUCUGGAGGACAUCGUCGACAUCGAACGCAACGAAGUCACCCGCAUCCUCGUCGCCCUGUGGGAUAUACUCUGCCGCGUCAUCGAGGGCUAUGACCGCUACUUGAAUCUCAUGGAGGGUAUUGGAAUCGAAUACUUGGAUCCUCUCAUCGAGCAGAUCGAGCAGUAUCUGCAUCCUAUUCGUGGUAGCGAGAGGGAGCGGUGUAUUAGGGCGCAGCUAGAUGAGGGAUUUGAGCGGUACACGGAGGCCAAUGUUUCGAUUCUAAGGCCGGAGGAUAGCUUUUAUCCUUGA